CACUUUCCUAGUCGCCGCCGUGCCCGUGCCGCCGUCUUCUUUCGCGACCGUGUUGUGCACGUUGUAAUGCCGUGAUUGAUUCGCUUGUCGUUGUACACGCUUAAUAUGCCUUCAAUGGAGGGUAGUGCGUACCAAACGCUUUACAGACUGCUAUUAACUGUUGUAGUUGCGAUCUCGACUGUGCGGCUAAGCCGAUUCGGCGCAUAUGCUCUGUACGAAGACCAAGCAGGAAAGUUGGACUGGCGGCAGCGAUUCAUCGGGAAACCUCUGUUCGUGUAUGCCGACCACAGCUCAGUGGGCUCUAAUCAACGCAUCGUCGUUGCGACCGAGAAGAAUGUGUUGGCCUCCCUCAACACCCGGAACGGAGCCCUGACGUGGAGGCAGGUGCUUGAACAGGAUGGCAGCAUCCACGCAGUAUCCUCCUCCGGCGAUCUCAUUACUGUGUCGGGCAGUGCACCCUACGUUCGAGCCUGGGACGUCCAUACGGGAGUGCUGCAGUGGGAGAAGACCCUACCGCACAGCUCCGCCCCCUUGGUCAGGUACGACGUCAAUUCUCACUCGAGCGAGCUCACAGCGGUCGAGGUACAUUCGGGAUCCCACGUCGUCGCAACCAUCUACAACCUACAAAACGGUGAAAUGAAGACAUCUCCAGUCGUUUCGGCUCCGUGGAUUACCGAUCGGACUGACUGCCGGCUUGUGGAGCACAAGUACCUUGCGUGCCUCGACGCCAGGGCUUCAACGAUUCGAGUGAUGGCACUCGGUGAGUCGGCAGCCUUCCGCGACGUUCCCUUGUCCUCUCUCGGCAUUCAGCUCGAGGACCCAACCGCCGUUCCGGUGUUACAGCCCAUCCAAGGUUCAACACGCGCCCACGAAGACUCGUACCUCGCCUUGCGCAUGCCAGAACGUGGUUUCGCCUUGUUGCGAAUUACCAAGACGGGGGUGAGGCUCGCCAAGAUGUUCCCGAAUGCGACGCACCUUAUUAGUAUGGGAGACGGUUGGCAAAUUACUCGAAAGGCUCAGGACAACAUGGCCAGCAGCACAGGUGAUGAAACUUGCUAUAUAGGCGUAGUUGAACAACUUGAAAAUGGCAUCAGCAAGGUUUUUAUACAUGAACUGGGCGGCAACUGGCAGCAGAAAGAAGACAGUGAGGGUCAGUUUGCGAUUCCUCCGACUAUGGCAAAUGCAGAGAGUAUUCAUUUACUGCCGUUUCUACUCAAGGAUCUGAAACAGUCAUAUAAAAUUUUAGUUGUGACUGAAGAUGAUGCCGUUCUCCUUUUUCACCAACAGGGUCGUCUAUUAUGGACAAGAGAAGAGGCCUUAGCAUCGGUUCUUGGGGCACAGUUUAUAGACCUGCCUCUAUCAGAGACAGAUGCAAAGAUUGAACAAGAGUUUGGAGACGGCAAUGCGAAUGUGCUGGCCAUGUUUCUUAUGCGCAUCACGAUGCAGCUUUGCCAGUUACAGAGCUUGCUGCUAAGUCUAUUUGCCAGCCUCAGUGGCACUAUAGGCCAACCAGAAGUGGGUGCGACUGCGCGGGAUUUGACACGGGACAAGUUUGGCUUCAACAAAGUGAUAUUGCUGAGCACUGCAGCUAAAAAGUUGUUUGCCUUGAACAACAGAAAUGGGCAAAUAGUUUGGAGCCAGCAUUUUCCGCAGUUGCAUCCACUGAACAGUGCUGGCACUAAGAAGCUCCCAAUAUUUGUUCAGAGGACAACUGCGCAUUACCCGCACCCACCUCGCUGCACAGUACUCGGCAAGCAUAGUUCUGGCCAUGGGUACUUGGUUUCAGUGAACCCCAUAACGGGAGUUAUCUUGGACACGCAGGAACUUCCCUACCAUAUUCUACAAGCUUCCUCGUUACCUUUUCUUGAUGAUGAGUACACCAGGGGACUCCUUUUCCUAGAUAGCAAGCUUGGUGUGCACACAUACCCGACCUCCGCUGCAAAGCUUGUCUAUGAACAUCGUGGCACGCAGUAUCUAUUCACCGCUGAUCCUGCCACCGGAGAUCUUGUCGGAUAUAGUCUGAGGCCGUCAACUCCGACAAAGCUCGCAGUAGAAACUGUGUGGACAGCGUCUCUUCAGAGCGAAGGGCAGAAGAUUACGCACGUUGUAAUGCGCAACCCAUUGGAGCAUGUUCAUUCACAAGGUCGAGUCAUGGGUGACCGCAGUGUUCUGUACAAGUACCUGAACCCAAAUUUGGUUGCGGUUGUGACCGAGGGCACCGAUAAUGUCCACAAGGUAACCAGUGUGACCGUGCACCUUAUUGAUGUCAUAACUGGAGCGUUCAUAUACUCCGGAAGUCACAAGAGAGCCAGGGGCCCCGUUCACUUGGUGCACACGGAGAACUGGAUUGUCUACUGUUACCACAAUGAAAAGUCUCGUCGGGCCGAAAUUUCUGUGAUUGAACUUUAUGAAGGUGCUGUUCAGAGCAACACUUCCGCAUUUUCAUCAUUCAACUCGCCACCGGGAGCCAUUGUGGAACAUCAGAGUUACGUCUUUCCUAGCUCAAUAGAUGCCAUGGUCGAUACCGUCACCGAGAAAGGGAUCACAAGCAAACAUGUAUUACUAGCCCUUCCAACUGGUGCUAUUCUGGAACUGCCAAAGGCACUUCUUGAUCCAAGGAGACCUAUCACACCGACAGCCCUACACCGGGAAGAAGGACUUGUGCCGUACAUGCCUGAACUACCCAUCAGUGCCGAGCAUAUAGUAAAUUACAACCAGUCCGUUGCUAGAGUGGCAGGAUUUGCAACUGCUGCUUCGGGACUAGAAUCUACCUGUCUAGUAGUUACUUAUGGACUGGACAUUUUCUAUACUAGAGUUACACCAUCUAAAACAUUUGACAUCCUGAAGGAUGACUUUGACCACGUUUUGAUAUCUGUUGUGCUUACAAUACUUAUUCUGGUUUCAUACAUCAGCAAGCGGUUUUCUGCGAGAAAAGCAUUAAGAGCAGCCUGGAAGUAGCGUUUCAGAAGUUUCUAGAGCAACUGCUCAUUAUGGCAGGAAUGCUGCAUGAUGAACAAGAUGGACUUGCCUCUAUUUUCCAUCAAUUUGUGCCGCAAGCCUCAUUCUGCACAGCUGUUUGCACCUGUACGUUUUGUUUCACCAUCAUGGACAUUUGUGCAGUGAACAUUUUUGUUAUAAGGAUAUAUGUUGGUUCAUGAAGGGUUUAGGCUAGUGCGAUAGUUGUGUUGGUUCAAGAAAAAAGUAUGCUGAACGCAGCCUCGCAGUGGUGUCUUUAUUAUUGUCCCAUUUGAAGAGGCCAGUGGAUCCUCUGAAAUUUAGAAAGAAGCAAUUAAUGAGCUGAAUAUUUAAGUAUGUACACUAAUCUUAUCACUGUCACUGUAGUUGAUUUUAUUGCUAAUAAUAAUAUAUUUUCAUUCCCAGUUUAUUUCUAAUUUCUCUCAUUUUACGAAAGAUGGCAUGUUUCUUUGCUUUUGGCAUUAAAAACAUUUGUAAAUACUGAUAAAGGCGCUCCUGCCUUUGUACUGGCUAGAACUGAGAUAAAUAAUUGAGCUAUUGAACUAGCUAAACACUGCAAUAAUUUUGGUCCUUUUUCUUUGUGAUGCCCUAUGCAGAGAAGAACUCUACUCUAUACUUAUGAUUGCCCUUCCUUUUGAGCACAUCCAAUUCUAAUGUCAGCUCAAUCAAUUCCUAAUCAAAGGAAUGCCAAGAUCAGCAUGGUUCUUGCUUUAAUUGUGCCAGGUGUCACUUAGAUGAAAUGAGAUUUUUUUUUUCCAAUUCUUAUGUCUCUGUUCACAACCUACAAGAGAACAUAUCAAAGUGCGCAUCAGACUAGCACAGUGUGUAUGUUUGCUAUGUGCAUUGACCUAGGCAUUUGAUUUAAUUUUAAUACUUCCUGGCUUGAUUAGGUGCAGCACAACAUGCCUUCAUGUCGGGUAAAUUUGCCAUCUUCGUAUGUUAAAGAUUUAUGUGCAAUUAUACUUAAACACCUUA